AUGGCCCCCCCAAGCGUCUUGAUGGUAGGCACCGGCGAGUACACUACCGGCUAUGUUGGCGGUACUGCGUCGGGAUCUGACAAGAAGGUCGGAGUGGUGGGAUUGACCCUCUUCGACCUCCGCAGACGAGGCAAGGUUGGGAAGUUAAGCAUGGCCGGAGUGUCUGGUUCCAAAUUCCCUGGAAUCCGAGAACAUCUCCACAAGAACAUCCACGACGUCUACAACGGACUUGACGUCUCCUUCGACUCAUUCCCCGCAGACAACAAAACCGACCCAGAAGCCUACAAGACGGCCAUCGAUGCCCUCGAGCCCGGUUCCGCCAUCACCAUCUUCACCCCAGACACCACCCACUUCCCCAUCGCCCUGUACGCCGUCCAGCGCGGCAUCCACGUCCUCAUUACUAAGCCCGCAACCAAGCUCCUCGCCCACCACCUCACCCUACUCGAGGAAUCCCGGAAACACAACGUACUUGUGUACGUCGAGCACCACAAACGGUUCGACCCAGCCUACUCCGAUGCACGCGCCAAGGCUCGCAACCUCGGCGACUUCAACUACUUCUACAGCUACAUGAGCCAGCCGAAGAGUCAGCUCGAAACCUUCAAGGCAUGGGCAGGCAAGGACAGUGAUAUCUCCUACUAUCUUAACUCCCACCAUGUUGAUAUCUGCGAGAGCAUGGUCCCCGAUUACAAACCAGUCAAGGUCACCGCAUCCGCUUCAAAGGGCACCGCUGUUGAACUGGGCUGUGUGCCGCAGACGGAAGAUACCAUUACUCUGCUAGUCGAGUGGAGGAAGAAGGACGACCACUCCAAGAUCGCCACGGGCGUGUACACGGCUUCCUGGACCGCGCCGCAGCCAGCUGGGGUGCACUCGAACCAGUACUUCCAUUACAUGGCCUCCAAGGGCGAAAUCCGCAUCAACCAAGCCAAACGAGGCUACGAUAUAACAGACGACAACCAAGGCCAACUUACCUGGAUAAACCCCUUCUACAUGCGCUACGCCCCAGAUGAAGAAGGUAAUUUCGGCGGCCAAACAGGCUACGGAUACAUCAGUUUCGAGAAAUUCAUCGAUGCCGUGACGGCUUUGAAUAAAGGGACAAUAACACUGGAGCAGCUGGAUGCCAGGUCGUUGCCGACGCUCGGGAAUACCAUUGCCACGACGGCUAUCUUGCAUGCUGGACGGAUCUCGCUGGAUGAGGGGCGAUCUGUGGAAAUUAUUAGUGGGGCUGGGAGGUGGGAGUUGCAGUAA